AUGGAUUCUGUUGAGCUCGAAGAACCCUAUGACGAGGAAGGCAAUUUUAGCUAUGGCCAUAGCGAGGAUGACCUCGACAACGAUUACACAGGCAGUGGGGGUGAGCGAAGUGGUGAGGACCGAUACGCGAACAGUGAGAGCAAUGGAAGCGAUGAAGCUCCCGAUGAUGCUUCAGCAAAUGACACGGAUGGUGAGCUUAGUGACAGUGUGAUUAGCGAAAAUCUUUCGAUGUCACCAAGCGAUGAUGACGAGGAAGAUGAGGACGAGGAAGAUGGAGAGCUCGAGACAGGUAGCAUGGAAAGCGAUGCUAGUAGCUCAGACGAAGAGGACGAAGAGGACGAAGAGGAGGUGAAUGACACAGAAAGCGAUGUUAGUGGCUCAGACCAAGGGGAUGAUGAGGAGGUAAAUGACACGGAAAGCGACGAUAGUAGCUCAGAUAGCGAGGCAGUAUCAAUCGACGAAGAAAUCAUCAACCCAGUAAGCGAUGAAAGCGGCUCGGAUAGUGAAGCAGAUGUCUCGAUUGGAGAGGGCGCUGGGGCAGACACCUCAGUAGAGUCUGUGGGAUACAGCGGCAUGUGCAACAAUGACAGCACUACACACCAUGAGCAAGAAAACGUCUUGACGACUUAUCAACCCAACAAAAACUAUCAAUCUACAUACGACCAUCAAGCAACCAACAAUUAUCAGCUGACGAACACCCACCACCCGUACAGCAACAAUGAGAAGACCAGCAACUCCCCGACGAUCGUUCAGAGCCGAAAGAAAGUUCCAAGACGUCUUCCUGAAGUACAGACUGUGCUCGAUGCGUCGACGCUCAAUCGCAGUAAUACGCCAGCUGGUGCGCAGAAGAUCGCGCAUCCAAAUGCGAUGUCGUCCAAAAAGUCUAGAGAUAACGCCCGCAGAACCAACGAAGCUCAUCUCUCACACCGUACCAAACCUAAUCAUGGACACGCCGGACUACCAUUCGAAACCAAGAAUCCUCGAACAUCGAAAGAUCUUGAGAAGUCGAAAGCCGGCAAUGAAAUCAGUAUGGCUGACGAGCUCUUCCUUCCGGUCAUAUCAACUCAAUCUACCAAAAGCAACAAAAAGCCCAAAGCAACAAAACGCUCUCCUCGCAUGCAGGAGACGGAAAGAACGCCUGUAGCAACUGCAAGUCACAUACCCAGCAAGAAAAAGCGAAAGCCUACAGUCCAUGAGAUGAAGGGAGCUGCAAUCCAAGUCCCCACCAACACCAAACAGCAAUCCAACAGCAAGGCCAGCGAUACGAAGUUAUCCAAGAACGACACGCUUCGCUCUCAUCCUCGACCACCCCUCGUAUCUUCCAGCGACACAGAAGAGACAUGGAUCCCUACCAGCUUCUCCAACCCCCCUAAGGUUCUUCUCAACGGCCUCUUCACUGGAGUGAUGAUGCAGAGGCGAAAGUCUACAACAAGCAUAUUUGAUCAUGCAUCGCAUGCAAUCAUCGGCUUCAGUAUGUCGAAAGAGCAAGGCAAGCGGUAUGAGGAGGCUGGGAUGAAGAAGUACAAGGCGGCCAAGGAUGGUUUUACACUGUGGUGGAAGCCUUACACGCCAUCGGCGGAUUACUUUGAUAGGGCAGACGAAGUUGAGUGA